AGAUCCGUGAGGCUUUCAAAGUGUUUGACCGGGAUGGAAACGGCUUUAUCUCGAAGCAGGAGUUGGGGAUGGCCAUGCGCUCACUGGGCUACAUGCCCAACGAGGUGGAGCUGGAGGUGAUCAUCCAAAGACUGGAUAUAGAUGGGGAUGGUCAGGUUGGCUUUGAAGAAUUUGUCACACUGCUCGGGCCUAAACUCUCUUCUGCUGGAAUGCCUGACAAGUUUCAUGGAGCGGAUUUCGAUUCAGUGUUUUGGAAGUGUGACAUGCAGAAGCUGACCGUGGAUGAACUCAAGAGACUGCUUUACGAUACUUUCCGAGACCACCUCACUAUGAAAGACAUCGAGAACAUCAUCAUGACCGAGGAGAGCCACCUGAACAGUCCAGAGUGCCACGUGGACAUUGACACAAGCCCAACACAACAGGAGAAACACACGUGUGUGCGUAAAAGCCUGAUUUGUGCCUUCGCUAUUGCAUUCAUCAUCAGCGUUAUGCUCAUUGCGGCCAAUCAAAUGCUCCGCAGAGGAAUGAAGUAAAGGUCUGUUUAUGUAAAGAUGGACAAUGAGCAGCAAACAUCUACCAAAAAUCCUAAGUGUGUUUUAGUUUUGUCACUGUUUUCAUGACCAACAAUGACGCCAUCAUUAUCAGCUUCUCAUCAUUCAUGGAUGAAAUGAUGUCAUGCAACAUUUUGUAUGGUCACUUCUCACCGCACACCAAGGUUUAAAACAGGGAAAGGAAGAAAGAGAGAAAGAAAUCUCAAGGGCUGAUUCGUAUCCUAAAACUGUAGUGUCACAAUAAUUCAAAUUCUGGAAGUUUUGUAAAAGAAAAAAUUGCUAAACAGGCAGAUUAAUGUGAGUACUUCAGUGUCCCAUAUGUUCUGUAGUUAUAGCUGUGCCGUGUCUUAUAUAUCAAAACAACUAAUGUUGUUGACGAGAGCUCUGCCUUUCGGAAUGUGCUCCAGUAAUGGAAGUAUCGAGGAUCGUAAUCAAGCAAUACAAAAGUGUUGACGUGCUACGUUUUAUGUUGCUUUAAGUCACUCACUAAAACACGAGGAUACAUGACUGGGUAAUUCUUUAUGGGCCUAUUAAGAAGUUAAAUGUUCAUCCUUUUGUUCAACAAGAUUUUUCUGAUCUAAAUCUUAACAUGACAGAAGUAAUACUGAUUUAAAACAAAACAUUUUUUUCAUUUUCAUAAGUAACAAGCAUUUAAAUGUUAUAUGAAAGCAUUUUCACAACUUUUUAGUCAUGAUAGCGUGGCACUAGUAUUCUCGUUUUUGUUCACGGCUUUGAUCGGGCAUGAAACUUUUCAACAUCUGGAGAAAACUAAUCCUAAUCCUUUUAAUGAGCCAAUGAAACCUAGUGCAGUCUCAACAUCUAAAGGAUGGAUUGCCUAAAAAAAAAGACUGUCAUGACAGAUUCUGUUGUUACUUACAUGCUACUUAUAUUAUUGAUAAAGCCUCUUCUUUAAUUUAUGAUCAAAUAUUUUAAAAACUAAACUAAACCUCAGUCAAUGUUAUAAGUGAUAAUUAGCUAAUGUUAGCAUGCUAACACAUAUAGCCUAGAUGGUAAACAUGAUAGACCACAGCAUUGUCAUAUUAGAGCAUUAUGCCAAGCUAGCAUUAGCAUUUAGCGCCGAGCACUUCUUUCCUCCAGUCCAGGCUCACAGAGUAGCUGACACAGCUGCAGACUUUUGGGUUUGUUAAAAUAUUUUAAAACCACUUACAGCUAAAGGAAAAUGUGCUUAUUGUUUCAUUUAAUCAUACAAAUCUAUCAGGUGCUUCGCUUCUUUAAAUGAAUUUGAUGCUGGAAACAUUACAAUGUAUUUUGAAAAGCAUCACGUUCAAAUUCAGCAACACUUGGCUCAGCUUACGCAGAAGAAGUAGAGGCUUAUGACACUUUAAAAAUAAAUUACUAAAAAUAAAAUGAAUCCAAUUAUCUACCAUGACAGCUAUGAGUGCGGAGAACCCAAUAACUGAGAUCAAAUAGCGCAGGGACACAUUAGACUAGCCUGCUGAAAAGAAGGAUUCAGUUACAUGGGGACAGAGGCAGUGACCCGAAACCAAAUGCUGCUCAACCAGGUCAGCCGAUCUGCAAGAGAGGAAAAAAACACAAUCCAUUUGUAAAGAUGUCAGGCUUACAAAGAUUAAUUGGUUUACCUUAAGGUUCAGAAUGAACCUUCUUGGUUGAGCAGCUUGGUAUUGAUUUGUAAUCGAAGCUGUGCCCUCCACAUAAAAUAAUUAUCAAUAAAUGUACUUACAGUCCGUCAUGCACAAUGUUGCAUAUUUGUGACCUUGUAACUUGGCAUCCAAACGAGUCAAACAGAAUGGGAACAACAACAGACAAAAAGACAAAAGAGUGUCUGUGUGAUCUGACUGAGCUUCAACCAUGUUUCACACUUUAACCAUGACAAGUUUAGAGUUCCAACAAAAUUAGAAAUGUAAUAAAUAAAAUAGUUCUGUUCAGUGAGAAUGAAGGAUAAUCAUUUCACAUGCCUGCAUGCACAUUCAACUAGAAAUAAAUGUGUGUUAUCUGUGUGUGAGGUCAAAUUUGAAUUCUGAUGUGUGUAUAAUAAAUAAUUAUGCAAUUUGUAAAGUGAUCGUUGCAAAAACAAAAAACUCAGUAUUUGACAUUUUUUCUGUAAAUGUCGAUUCUCUGGAUGGUGUGAAGACAAUAACAAAAUACUAAAUACCUUGAAGAAGUAUGCUGUGAUGAAUAAUUUAACAUAUCAUGAAGAAUGUUGUUUUCUGACUUUUACAUGGACCCACUAAAACAACAUAUUAUUUAAAAUAUAACAUGGUUAUAUUUUCUUACUUGAAAGUUCAAUCGAUGUGAAUUUAUUAUGAAUGUAGGCAUAAUGAUUUGUACAAAACAAAAACAAUACAAAAAAAAAAAUCAGGUGUCUGAUGUUUGAUUUCCAGUUUACUGGACAUUCACAUUCAAGUAUAUUCAAGUGUAUUUAUGCCAUGCACUUAAAGGCAGGGUUGGUAAUUUUCUCCAGAUACACUUUUAAGAUUUUGGUUGAAAUUGUCUUUAGAU